UCCAGUAAAACAACAUCUAGGCCUUCUAUCCGAGGUGGGUUUUUGCUUCCAUUCUUAGUUCUUGUUUCUUAUUUGGAGUUUGGAACUUAAUUUUCUUGCUUUUAUUGUUCUUUUUUAAAUUUUUUUUCCUAUUUGGUGUGUUGCUGCCAGCAGGUAAUUGGUUAACAUGACUGUUGAAGAAACCCAGGUGGUGGCUGAGGUUGUCGUUCCUCAAGAAGAGCCCAAAAAGGUUGUUGAAGAGAGCAAGAGAGACGUUCAGGAGGAUUGCCAAGUGAAGGAAGUGGAAGAUGAUGACGAUGAUUCCAAGCCUAAAACUGUUCAGAAGAGCUCUUCUUACAAGGAAGAGAGCAAUUUUCUUUCUGAUCUUAAGGAGUUCGAGAAAAAGGCCCUGAAUGAGUUCAAAUCGAAAAUCGAAGAAGCUAUUCUUGGAAAUAAUCUGUUCAAGAAAGAGGAGCCAAAGAAGAAAGAGAAGGAAAGUGAAGAGAAGGAGAAGUCGGUGAAUAAAGAAGAGACACAGAAGGAAAAACAAGAUAUAGAAGGGGAAGAAAGCGAGAAACAAGUGCAGGAAGAAGCCGAAAAGAACGAAGGAGGAGAUGAGAAGGAAAAGCCAAUGCAAGAAUGUGAAGAAGAGAAGAAAACAGAGGUGGCUGUGGAAGAAAAUGGCGAAGGAAUCGACAAAGAUGUCUCCAUUUGGGGAAUCCCACUUUUGCCUAGCAAAGGAGCAGAGGGCACUGAUGUGGUCCUCCUGAAAUUUUUGAGGGCUAGAGAGUUCAAAGUCAAUGAUGCCUUUGAGAUGCUAAGGAAGACCCUCCAAUGGAGGAAGGAAUCCAACAUCGAUUCAAUCUUGGAUGAUGAUUUAGGAGUAGAUCUAAGCUCAGCCUUCUACAUGAAUGGCAUUGAUCGUGAAGGUCACCCUGUGUGUUACAACAAUUAUGGGGUGUUUGGAAACGAAGAGCUUUACAAUAAGGCAUUUGGAACUGAGGAGAAUCGCAAACAGUUCUUGAGAUGGAGAUUCCAGCUGAUGGAAAAGGGUAUCAGAAAGCUUGAUUUGAAGCCUGGAGGUGUCACAUCUUUGCUUCAAAUCAGUGAUCUAAAGAAUUCUCCUUCUCCAUCAAAGAAGGACCUCAGGGUCGCCAUGAAGCAAGCUGUUGGGCUUUUGCAGGACAAUUAUCCUGAAUUAGUUGCCAGAAAUAUAUUUAUAAAUGUUCCAUUCUGGUAUUAUGCUCUGAAUGCCCUUUUAUCUCCUUUCUUAACGCAAAGAAGCAAGAGCAAAUUUGUUGUUGCUCGACCUGCAAAGGUCACAGAGACCUUACUCAAAUACAUCCCAGCAGAAGAAAUCCCUGUCCAAUAUGGUGGAUUCAAAAGGGAGAACGAUUUCGAGUUCUCAAAUGAAGAUGGUGGAGUUUCUGAGCUUGUCAUCAAAGCAGGAUCAUCUGAAACCAUUGAGAUUCCUGUAGUAGAGGUUGGAGCUACACUGCUCUGGGAUCUGGCUGUUUUGGGCUGGGAAGUGAAUUACAAGGAAGAAUUUGUACCGAGUGAUGACGGGUCUUACACCAUCAUAAUUUCAAAGGGAAAGAAAAUGAGUUCUUCUGAAGGACCAAUUCGAAACAUUUUCAGGAACAAUGAACUUGGGAAAGUUGUCCUCACGAUCGAAAAUAGCUCAAGCAAGAGGAAAAGGAUUCUGUAUCGCUACAAGACCAAGAAGAGUGCUUCCAUCUGAAAUCCGUCCUAUGUAUAUCAUCUGUUUAUUGUAAUCCCUAUAUGAUUCUUUUUUCUCUGCAGGAAUGGGUAUAUGAUCAUCUGCUUUUGUUUAAUUUUCUUAAUUUCAUUGUUACACAUUGGUUUACACAAGCAAUAAAUUAAAGAUUGAUUUGAGUUAA